CAAUGAUGUUUAUUUUAAUAUAGAGAUACACUAUAGAGUAUAGAUAGAGACAAAUACAGGAAAGAGAAGAUGGAGAUUUAACAGAAUUUACUAUUUAGAGUGGGUUUCCGAUUUAAAAUCAAGACCAAACACAAGAUAUCCUAAAUGUUCACCUUCCUUUCUAUUGUCUCUCCACAACUGUUACUUCCUUCAUGUUCCUAAAAGAUUCUUGAAAACUGUUAGCAAAUUAUGGGAAUGAAUUUUCUUUCGAAGAAUUGGAUGAUUCCCAUUUGGGUUUUGUCCUCUUUAAUCGUAGUUUUAGAGCCAACCGAAGCUAUCAGGACAUACCCUCCUCUUUCCUCCAUUGCUGAUCCUGUUCUUCCCACCGAGAAAAAGCCUCCAUUUUCUCACAUACCCACGGACAAUGAAGCUCACUCUCCAGGAGUAUCAGAAAUCAAAGUCGUUCACCACGAGGAUUUGAACACGACGAUUCUUAUCGCACUCAUCAUCGCUUCAACUCUCCUUGCUGCAAUCUUACUGUUCUUAUUCUGUUUCUGGAUCUUUAAACAAAAGAAUACAGAACCCCUGAAUAUGAACAAACCCCCAAAACCCCAAGAUUCUUCAAAAGGGUUAUCAUUAGGUCCAAUCUUGGACAAAUUUACCCCUACAAGAAUCACAACCGGUAGAAAGGGCUCUGCAACUGUUAUCGACUACGAUUGGUUGAUUUCUGCAACGAACGAUUUCCAUGAAGAUCAUAUCGUUCGUGUAGAUUCAUCUGGGCAUAUUUAUAAAGCUCGAUUCAAUGAUCAUUUUGUUGCAGCUGUGAAAAGAAUCCAUGGUAGAGGUCCAGAUACCCAAAGAGGAUUUGAGAAUGCUGUAGAUUGGUUAGGCAAACUGAAGCAUCAAAAUAUCAUCAAUCUUUUGGGUUAUUGCAUUCAUGAUGAGAAUAGAUUUUUGGUGUAUGAAAUGAUGCAUCAAGGCUCUUUAGAAUCCCAAUUGCAUGGACCUUCUCAUGGAUCAGCUUUAACAUGGCAUCGUAGAAUGAAAGUUGCACUUGAUAUCGCAAGAGGAUUAGAGUAUCUUCAUGAACGAUGCAACCCACCUGUAAUUCACAGAGAUCUCAAAUCAUCAAACAUUUUGCUAGAUUCCAACUUCAAUGCUAAAAUAUCUGAUUUUGGACUUGCUACAACUGAGUUUCAUGUCAAAAACAAAGUAAAGCUAUCGGGAGCUUCAGGUUAUGUGGCCCCUGAAUAUUUAUCAGAUGGUAAACUCACUGAUAAAAGCGAUGUGUAUGCGUUUGGAGUUAUACUUCUCGAGCUUUUAAUAGGGAAAAGACCUGUGGAGAAAAUGUCACCUUCGUUAUUUCAAUCUAUUGUCACAUGGGCAGUUCCUCAACUAACAGAUAGAUCAAAGCUUCCAAACAUUGUUGAUCCUGUGAUUAGAGAUACAAUGGACUUGAAGCAUUUAUAUCAAGUUGCUGCUGUAGCUGUGCUUUGUGUUCAACCUGAACCGAGUUACAGGCCAUUGAUAACAGAUAGCUUAAAAAACUAUGAAACUCGUGAACAUUGGCUCCAUGUCAUUUAUCAUUUUGGGUAUCUAAUGAUGUUAUUGUGGGUGCUACAAUAGCUGUGUGUUAUGAGGUACGAGUGUACCUUUUGUACACGUGUCAAAAAAAUAUGAUCUAGAGAUGUGAAGAGAGGGGUCAUACGUCAUAGUAAUAAUUUUUUUGGAACAAGAGAGUACGAUGUACAUGAGUUAACAUUUAAUGUAAUAGAAGAGUAGAAGAAGUAGUACAUUGGGCUCUUUUGUGUUUUUUAUUUUAUGUACAGGUCUAAAAAACAUCCUCUCGUUAUGCGAAUUUUAAGUGGGUUUUUCAUUUUUGUUUUGAAUUAGUGGAUUGAAAGCUCCAUGUUAUCACGUUGGAUUUUCUGUCACAUGAUUUGAUUUGGAUAGAUUUUGUGAAAUCUAGUGUGUGGAUUGGAUUUUGUGUGAUUUUGGUUAUGGGUCGCUUUCGGGUCAAACUCGAACCAGAUGUAAUAAUGGUUUGAGAUUCUGUUGUUGUACUUUCAACAAGCUUUAACUUGAUCGGUUUGAUUUACUUUCGUUUGGAUGGUGUUAGUUUCAUGUGGUUUGUAGUAACAUGUUUUUGGUGUUUUUUGAGAUAUACAUUUCAUGUGUCUAAAACAAAAAAAAUUUAUGUAAUGAUGGUGAGUAUGUUAUUUUUUUAUACAUUCAAGUAGAUGUGCCAAGGACUUUGCUUGGAUGCUAUGAUUAUGUUUGGCAAAGUAAGGGUAAGUUACAUCC